AUGGUUGAAAUUCAGACUGUUUCAUGCAUCCAUGAUAUACCUGUCGUGCGCUCAUCAACAGACGUAAUACAAGAUGUCUAUGCAAAAGCCAAAGAAACUAGCGCAUUUAUCCGAGUCCCAUGUAAUUUAGCUGAAACAGUUGCUGAUAAAUCAAUUAAAAUAGCUGCUGUAGUUGCAACACCAUUUAGUGGGCCAGUAAAGGCUCUCGAUGAUUAUGCUGUACAAAAAAUUAAACAAAUUGAAGCAAAAUAUCCAGUUAUCAAUACGCCAACAAAAGAGGUAUCGAGUGCCGCAAAUGCAACCGUCAAUAGAGCAACUGACGUAGCAGAUACAGUUUUUACUUUCUGUGAAACACAUGUACCUGGAAAACCUGUGUUUCAACGUCCUGUUCAGCGGAAAGAUUUUGGUCAACGAUCGAGUUUAUUAGUUCAACGUAUACGAGAUGCCGCAAUGGUUAUCGUUCAAUUUGCAUUAGAUUCAUUCUAUUCAUCGUUUCAUCAAUCAUUGGCCUGGUUUCGUUUACUUGUUGUAUUUAUCUUAUUAAAAGUAAAAACUUCAAAUGAGGAUAUUUUAACAAAAUGUCAACAAACAACUUCAAGUGAAACCAAUACUGAAAUGCGAACAAUCACUGAUCAAAAUAAAUUAUCAAAAUUGAAAACUGGAAAAAUGUCAACAACAUUCUUCAAAGAUAUGGUUAAACCAUUAUUUAUAUUGAACAUGACAAUUGCACAACGUUUACUUGUAUUUGUUAAUGUUUUGAUAACAAAGUUAGUUGGCCGCAUAACACCAAACGAUAGAACAAUGGCUGAAUUAAAAAAGAUGCCACGUCAUAAUUCUACAUCGCCUUUAUUAGCAACGUCAUUCACGACUGUUCCAUCAACUACAACAACGACAACAACAACACGACGUAUACAUAUUGAACAGCGACCAAUUUUAACUGGUAAUCAAUUAGAUCUAAAUAAUCAAAGUAGUUCAGAAGAAGAGACAGAAUAA